AUGAUGGCGCUUUUCUCGCGAAGUUUAAGAAAUGUUACGAGAGCAGGAGUCAAUAUGAGGGUGGGAACUGCUGUUGCAUCCUAUCACAAAAAUGUAAGUUUACGUUUGACUUGCUUAUUUCUCAAUCCCUGAGUAUGUUUUGGCGUUGCUCACGUGCUGCUACGAUUGCUGUGGGUAUUUGACUGGAGACCAUUGCCGAUCUUUUUGCGCGGUUCUGAGAUUUUCGCGGUUCAUAAAUUUUUGCAGUAUGCUCUUCAAGUUACCAGCUUUUUCUCUUGGUUUUGAAGGGGAAGCAUCUGUUUUGAAAGUUGUGAUUCUUAACACUGAACCGAAAGCAACGUUAUGUUCGUGACAAUAUUUAGGACCGUCAUCUUACUACAUUGUAUCACUAUAUUUAGCUAAGGUAAUGAGAAACACAGCAAGACCUAACGAGAUUUUGAGUUCCCCAAAGAAAUGUUAGAAGGUGACCUAAUUCACUUUGUAUAUAUUUAUAAAUCAAGGUAAUAAAAAGAAAUAUAACCUGUAGUUAAAUUUUGGAAUUAUUUCAAUUCUCCAGAUCUUGCACGUGCACAUGUUGUGUUGCAUAACUAUGUGCCAUUAUUUUAAAAAAAUCGUUAGGCCCAGUUCAGUCGCCGAUCUUUUCAUGGGCCAAACCUAAUACAUUGAAAUAAGUACAUGAAAAGUUUGGCGUCUGAAUCAAUUAGGAACGGCUCAGCCGUUCUUCAGGCCUAGCCCGGCCGGGAAUUACGAAUGUAGAACAACUUUGGAAUGGCUUUGAAUCAGACGCUGAACUUUUCAUGUACUGAACCUAAUGCACAAAUUAUAAUAACAUGUUUUGCAAGCAGUUUCACCAAAAGAGCAUUUUUCUCCUUUUGAAUUUAGUUCGGCUGGAAUUAAGAUCAGCGUCUGAAUCAAUUCAGGCGGUCUAAAUAGUUUGGGUCAGCCUUGAUUCAAAUUAGGUUCGGCUCAUGAAAAGUUUGCCGUCUGCAGCUUUUUCAAGCAGCUCAAAAUACCACAAAAAUGCAAUUUUAAAAGUAAACUUUAUUCAUCUUUGUUACAUUAUAUCAAGAUUUUGGAUUAAAAGAAGUUUCCUGUAGCUCAAUGGUAGAGCAUCUGGACUCGUAGGUUGAACUCCUUUUUGAAGUACUCAGAUUUUUUCUUCCGAACCACCUAUAUCAUUGACUGAAAAAACAUCUUCUCGUAUUGUAAAUGUAUGAGAUCACUUAUUGUGCAUGACAUCAUGCUGCUUCAAACAGUUUGGCUGGUCUGCCCGGGAUUAAACCGAUAGCAUGAGUCAUGCUUGAACAUGUCUUUAAAAAGUCGGACCAUGCUUCUUAAAUUUAUUUUGAACCAAGAUAACCUGAGUUAGUACCAGUACUAACAUUGUUCUUACAGCUAAUUUGAAGCAUAAUCUUUUAUCGGAAACCUGAAGUCAAAUUUAUCUUUUUGAUAAUCUUAGCCAGUUUGUUUACAGUGGUUACCACCAACACACGCCCUCAAAGGGUUUUUUCUCCGGUUCAAACCUGCGUUUUGGUGGAUGUCAAUCAACCGUUACCAUGGUUUUUCUUGCGUUGGCCUAGAGAGGAUUCUUUCUCCGUUUCUUAAGCACUCGGAGGAAUAUGUCGGAGGAAUAUGUCGGCGUUUCAGCCGUUUUUGCAAUAUUUUGCUGCAGGAUCUGACACCGCUUCAUGUCAAGAUUACGAGGAGAAAGAAUUUGUUGAGUGUUUAUCGGAGGAAACUCAAAUUAUCGACAUAUUUACACACUGUAAGUUACAACCACAUAAGCUUUCUCAAUCGCUCGCAAUUCGUCUGAGGUCUUGCUAGUUCUAGUUUCUAUUCGAUAACAUGAAGAAUGAGUAGUAAAAUUCAUUUUCGAAAACAGCCUCCAUUCAGAGGAAACUUUUUCCCUUUUCGGUGUGAUAUCUUUUGUUUCUGUGAAUUUAUACUAGCUUCUUGGCAAUUCAGUCAUCCACGGCUCCCCUGUUUUCAUACAUCAAAUAAAUAAACAACCUGAAAACUGUUACGUAAACUAUAGAGAAUGUUUUGGCUAUUUCACUUAGCUCGCAGAGACCUUGUUGUUUUAACAAUUUAAUCCUUCAUCUUAAUAAAAUAAUUUAAAAAAGCGGUCGUCGUUCAAAAUUAUUCGCCCUUCAUUCAGCGAUGAGGGAACCUUCUCUGUCAGAGUGCGUGGAAAACCAUGGAAACAGUUGAUUGACGUCCGCGUAAACUCAGGUUUAGACAGACAGAAGAAAACCCUUCAAAGGCGCGUGUUAGUGGUAACCGCUGUAAUAAUGUUUGAUACAGGUUAUCGACCACUAUGAAAACCCAAGAAAUGUUGGAUCAAUGGAUAAGGAUGAUGCAAAUGUUGGUACAGGACUUGUAGGAGCUCCAGCCUGUGGGGAUGUCAUGAAGCUACAGGUAAAUGGGAGUGUCUCAUGACUUUACCUUACGAGCAGAGACUACUUUGUAACAAUUAUGUCCUUAUGAUUGUAUUACAGCCAUCUUUUUGUUGAAAAAAUAAAGUCAACUGCUAUAAUUGUCAGCACGAUUGGUCAGUGCAAUAAAAAACUGAACUUUUGUGACAUUCAAACAGUGGCUUUCUUAUAAUUAUGUAAUCAUGAACAUGCUGGGUGGUUGCUUACCAGAAACACAAAGCAAAGGAAUUUAUUUUAUUUCUGGCCUAAAAAGUUGUCGCAGUCGUUUAAGAAAUUAAAGCAGUGGUCACUUAUGACAAUGAGGAAUUGUAUUUGACUGGAAAGAAAAAACAUUUAUUUACAAAGGGGUUGUCUUAGGGGAAGUGGUUGCUAUAAGAGAGUUGACUGUAUUCUAAUUUAAAAUUUAUCCACCCUGUUUUGUGCCCUUCUUGUAAUUUGUGUAUAUCUGGUUGUAAAUUUAGUAAUUUCAGAAAAUAUGAAUCAAAAAGGUAGCUUCACUCCCUGCAUUGUUUUCAAUUAGUUUCUAGUCUUGUUAUCAUGUUGGUUUGAUUUGGUUACUUCCAUAUCAGGGCAAUUCCACAUGAGACAAUGAAAUUUUGAAUUCUUUAAAAUAAAAUUUUGCACAAUGAAACUUAACCAACAGAAAGCUGAAACAAUGGGCUGUUUGAAAUUACUGAGAUCUUGCACGUCUUGUCCAUGCACUUAAUGUGAGAAGGCAUGAAAUCCAGAGAAUUUGAAUCUCAUUAUAUUUGGAAUUUUUGGAACGAAAUUUUAAACAAAGUUUUAACAUCUAAGAAAACAUACAGUCAACAUAAAAGUAUGUGUGUAUUAUAACCUUUGCCUUACACUAUCAUUAGGCUAUAAAUUAUCAUCCAGCUACUGGCAGUUUCGUAAGAAAAUUGACAUUGAAUUUUUGUUGCGGACAUUACGUAAUGUCCGCAACGUUAAGGUACCUUUUUUCAGUUCCUGUACACAGUGUGCUGUAUUUUCAUGUGCUAUUGAUGCUGCUCAGUUAGUCUGAUGUAUACUCUAUUUUAAUCUCAAAACAUUUCCUGGGUGGGUUUUCUUUGCUCAGAAAUUAUAAGUUGAAAAGUGUUGUGGACAUUACGUUGCGGAAUUGUUACAUAUGUUAGAUUUUUCAUUUAUUCAGGCUGUUGCAGAUAUUUAGUUCUUACUACCUCUGAAUUAGAUUCAGACAACAGCCCACUUAACACUAAAUUGCUUUUUAUUGAUGUACAAAUGUAAAUGGCAAAUUUAAAAGAGCUGGUAGCUUUUCUGUAAUGUCCAAUGAAUUCAAUUUACAAUCAAUUAAAAACAUUCUAAAUAAUUUACGAUUUCUGUGAUAUUCUUUAAAAUGGGCAAACAUAGUGAUUUUCGAAUUAGUCCCUUCCAUAAAGUAGUAUAGAUACAUGACGAAUUUUGCAGUACUUUAAGAGAAAAAUGGAAAAAUGUUUUAAAGAGUUUACACGGCUUUGGGGGACGCUGUCACAAAAUUACAGAGUGACAUUUGUAUGGAUCUUUAACUGUGUUUCAAGAGUCAUAGCUUGAUCCCUGUUCAACUUUAGAGCACCAAACCUGCUCAACCAACCAGUCUCAACAUGACCUUUUAUGUGGUGGUGUCAGUUUAUCGAUUAGUUUAAAUUUGAAACUUGCCCCAGUUCCCUAUGCAACUCCAAAAUGGCCAAUGAGUAGCUGGUCAGGGGUUUUGCACUGCUGAGCAUGCUCAGAACAGUUUGUAAGCAUGCUUUUUGAGGAAAACCACUGACCAUCAUUGUUUCUUCUGCAAACUUGAAUGGGUAUUAUUCUUUUAACUAGAAUUUGUAAUAUAAUGUGUAGUGAACAAUGUGCAAUUUUAGUGCAAAUUUACAUUUUAUCUGUCAGACUGAAUGACAAAAUAUGAUAAUUUCAGUAGCUAAAUCAGUUUUGUAAAAAACAAAAUAAUAUCCUCACUAGUGAGAACGUUUUUUUUUUUUCUCACAACAUUUACUUGAGAUGUAAUAAAAUCAAUUUGGGAAUUAUUUUAAGGAGUCAGUAUAGCAGAAAAGAAUCUGACUGGUAUUGCAUGAUACUAGGUCUCAGCAGGAGAUUAUAUAAUAUUAUAAAAGAACAUGAAUAAAGUAAAUGAUAAUUUCACAGCUUCAUUUUUAGACAAGUAGCUGCAGAACAAAUGGACAUAGCCACAGUCAGCAACACUGACUAGGAAGGGAAUGAUAAAAAAUGUGUUCCCAAAAAUGUAAUGUCCGCAACAAUUUUGUGUAAUGUCCGCAACACAAACUUUUGUUUGUAGAAUCACUGGAACAAGGUUGCAUGGAAUUUUUCUUUGACAGUUAAAAAAUCUAAUUAUUGUUAUGUUUUGAAGGCACAAUUGUUUUCUGCUCAUGGUUAAAAAUUCACAGGAAAAUCUCUUUAAAGAAAGUUACUUUAAAAAGUGGUUGUUUAAACUGUAAUGUCCACAACACAGUUUCUUCAGCUCAUACCUUCAAGGUCUUAAGAGCUAACCAAAGCAUCUUUUUAUUAGGUACAAAGGGAACACUAAAAAUACUUUCUAGAUACGUUUGAACACCCUCAAUGAACAUUUUGACAUCUAAAUUGGGGUUUAAAAUAUUAAUUUUAGUAUCUGAACGUAAUGUCCGUAACAUGGAAUCACCCAUCAUGACAUUUAAAUCACCAAAGACUGUGAAAGGUAGUUAUGCUGAAGCUUAAGGAAUUGUUUUCCAGUAUGACACCACUUUGCAUGUAAUUUGAACUUUAUAUUGUCUUGUCUUUUCAGAUCAGAGUUGAUGAAAAUGGUAAAAUUGUAGAUGCCAAAUUCAAAACUUUUGGGUGUGGUUCUGCCAUUGCAUCAAGUUCUCUGGCCACUGAAUGGGUUAAGGGAAAAUCAGUAAGUUUGUUUGCUUGUUGGUUCUUUUUUCUUGCGGAAUACAGUUUUUAAGGCUAGCUCUUGAGUUUAAAAGUACCCAGUGGUUGCUUGACUUUUGUCAAGUUCCAUGUGUCACUUGUUUUACUAUCAAUCCAUCUGAUAAGGAAAUAUAAAUGAAAAAAUGUUCAUCAUGGUAUAAAGCAAAACCUUGAGUCUGUUACAGGAUUGAAACCCAUGACAUACUAGACACUGACAUUAGUGGGGAAAUUUCACAAAAAUCCUUAAAAAGACUUGAAAUUUCUGUGCAAGUCCUUGAAUUUACUUCAACUUUGAAUGUAGUGGACUGGAAAGAGUUUUUGAAGCUUUUUGGUUGUCCAAGACAGAAUAUAAAUCAUAGCUUAGAGAAUUUAAAGGUUAUUUCCAUAAAGUGCUCUAUGUUUUAUGCAAUAAUGAACUAUCAAUAAAGACCAGUGAACUGAAAAAAGUGGAGAAGUUGGUGAAGUAAAUAGUUCAAGCCUUAAAGUUUUAUUAGAAUAGACUGGGAAUGUGCAUUCUCGUACAAUCUGUGAAAUUAUAUUCCUAGUAGGUGGUCUUUGAAAAUCCAGUGUGGUCCUCGAAAAGUCCUUGAAAAUUGGUUACAAAUGUUGUGUGAACCCGGCACUGAGCUUUGGAGAGUGUAGGGGGUACCACCUGGGCAUUUCACUAGGCUUAUACCAUUUAUUAUGCAAUGCAUGUCUCGCAAACCGUGAGGGACAGCUUUGUCACUGAAGUACAGCUCACUGGUUGGCACAUUGCACAAUGUAGGUGCUGAAAUGUUGAUGCAAUAAUAUCACUGAACAUUUCAGAUUGAUGAUGCCAAAGAAGUGAAGAACCAGGAUAUUGCAAAGGAACUGUCUCUUCCUCCUGUUAAACUCCAUUGUUCAAGUGAGUAACGAGCUGUACUAAGCUGUGUAUCUGUUAUUAUAGUGAUGAAGUUUUAUAUUGCAACUUCUUUUUUGUCUUAAUGGAAAUCAUGAACUUGCAUGAAGCAAAAGCAAAAUUUAAAAAGACAAUCAGGAAAUGGAAUGGAAAAAGUGUGGGUAAACGUUAAUGGGGCAGACUCACUUUUAUGUGCAAGUCUUUAAAUUUUUGCAUUCUGCGCAUGCUCAAACUUGCAUGCUCAAGCCAUAAUUUGGCUUCAGGAAAAAGAGCAAACACAGAGCUCAACUUGUAUGAAAUAAGUACUACUUGUAGUAGAGCAGUUUUGCUUCUUUUUCCCAAAUGCUAACCAGGAAAGAGCUGGACUGAGUUUCAAACUGCAUCUUUUGCAGCAUGUCCGAUAGCCUGGGGCUUGUGGAUUUUGUUAUCGGGCUAGUGAAUUCUGUUCUUAAUUUGCCUGAUGGGCAAGUAAACUUUUAGGCUAAAUCAAAUAACAGAAGAACUGUAAUCAAUCCUUCUUGUCAAAAUUUGGAGGGGGGGAGCUGAUCAAAACAACUUUCGAACCAGCGACAGCUUGCCUGAAGGACAAGCUGUAAAACUGACUUUCUCUGCACUCUGUUUUGGGAAAAUCUGCAGUGGUGGAUGUGUUAAAUUCUUUUAUUUCGGAAUGGCGCCAUUUGGGAGCACCUUGACAUUUCAGCAACAUUUUCAUUCAAGAUGUUCCUGACACUCACCAGGUGCCAGUAACUAAAUUAACUUGCAUUUUUUUUUUAAACUCCUAGUGCUUGCAGAAGAUGCAAUCAAAGCAGCUUUGAGUGACUACAAAGUAAAGCAGGAGUCACUUGGGAAGAAAGAAUGA